AUGGAAGCUAGUUCUAUAACAUUCCAGGAAGACGUGAAAAAGUUAUUUGGAACAUUGUUGCCAGAGAACGGGAAUAAAUCGAAGGAAAAAAAAGACGACCAAGCUCCAUUGACUAAUGAAAAAUAUGAAGAGAAAAUCGUACGAAGCCCUCAAACUAUCCAAUCCACUCGGCAAACCAGACCACCGAUUUACGAAUAUCCUUCCGUUUCAUGGAAACAAGGACCGGAAGAUAAAAAGUGGAAAUUUGAACGUUCGACCAGGAAAACCGUGUUUCCAAACCACAUCCUAAAUGUUUAUCAACAGUAUCCAAGUGCAAUUAUUUCCGGAAUUGAGGGAGUCCCUGAGAAGAUCAAAAUCACAAUGCAAAGAGCAUUACACAGAAAUGUACCACAUCUUGGACAACCGUUUCACAAUCAGCAGCUUCAAGAGGACCCAGAAACUCGCACUAUUGGAAAGAAGUCUAAAGGACAAAAAAACCCAACUGCUAUGAGAUUAACUAAGAGUGCGAUGGCAAGAUUGCCCUCGCCUAGUAAAAGCAGUUCACCUAAAACUAAGCAAUCGUCAGAAAGAUCAAAGUCCUCUUCAAGACAUGGCAGAGAUGUUAAUUUUGCGGAAUAUUCGUCGAUAGAGGAUGUUCUACACGCUGUUACUGAACGACAAAGGAUUAAGCAUCGUAUACUCAAAUACGAUGAAGAGUCACCUAAUGAUACAAAUAGCAUAACUACAAAAUCUUCAAAUACCCCAGAAUCCUCGAUGAUUUCAAGUCGUGGUAGUGAUAUUAAUUUGGCAAAAUUUUCUUCAAUACAGGAUGCUUUGAAGGCAGUUAGUGAACGACAAAGAAGAACGAGGACUAAACAUCGUGAGCUUACAAAAGAAGAUGCCUCGACUCGAUAUGUUAACUCUGAGACUAAUCCAGAAGAACAAUUUCCAGAACAAUCUGAACUACAUCGAAGAGAUUCCACAGAUUCAUCACCAACAAAGUCUCCACAACUGAGGAUUUCUUCUGAUCGAGAAGAAACAGAGUUUUCAACUGUGAACAAAUGUACAGACAAGGAAAAUGUUCCAAAAGCUCCACCUCCGCCACCAAUAAAGUCACAAAAAUUGAAAUGGUCGGACUCUUCAACUGCAAGCGAGUCUAAAGAAAAUGAAAAUGUUCCUACAAAUGAAAUGAUAGUUCCAAAAGCUCCACCUCCGCCACCAAUUAAAACACUUCAAAUAAAAAAAUCGGGUACUUCAACUGCAAAUAGAUCCAAAGAGAAAGAAAAUGUCCCUACAGCAAGCGAAAUGAUAGUUCCAAAAGCUCCACCUCCGCCACCAAUUAAAACACUUCAAAUAAAAAAAUCGGGUACUUCAACUGCAAAUAGAUCUAAAGAAAAAGAAAAUGUCCCUACAGCAAGUGAAAUGAUAGUUCCCAAAGCUCCACCUCCGCCACCAAUUAAAACACUUAAAAUAAAAAAAUCCGGUACUUCAACUGUAAGCAAGUCUAAAGAAAAAGUAAAUGUUAUUAUAGAAAAUAAAACGAUAGUUCCCAAAGCUCCAUCUCCGCCACCAAUUAAAACAUUUACAAUAAAAAAAUCGGGUACUUCAACUGUAAAUAGAUCUAAAGAAAAAGAAAAUGUCCCUACAGAAAGUCAAAUGAUAGUUGCAAAAGCUCCACCUCCGCCACAAAUUAAAACACUUAAAAUAAAAAAAUCCGGUACUUCAACUGCAAAUAGAUCUAAAGAGAAAGAAAAUGUCCCUACAGCUAGAGAGAUAGUUCCAAAAGCUCCACCUCCGCCACCAAUUAAAACACUUAAAAUAAAAAAAUCCGGUACUUCAACUGCAAAUAGAUCUAAAGAGAAAGAAAAUGUCCCUACAGCUAGAGAGAUAGUUCCAAAAGCUCCACCUCCGCCACAAAUAAAAACACUUAAAAUGAAAAUUUCGGGUACUUCAACUGCAGGGAAUUCUAAAGAAAAAGGAAACUUAUCCAAAAGAAGUAAAGUGAUUAAAAUGAAAAUUUCGGGUACUUCAACUGCAGGAAAUUCUAAAGAAAAAGAAAAUGUUUACACAGCAAGUAAAACGAUAAUCCCACAAGCUCAACCUCCGCCACCAAUUAAAUCACUAAAAAUGAAAAUUUCAAAAGAAAAAGAAAAUGGCCCCAAACUAAGUGAAGUGAUAGUUCCGAUAGCUCCACCUCUUCCACUUAUUAAAUCACUUAAAGGAAAACGAUUGGAGUCUUCACUUGCAUACAGAUCUGAAGCAAAAGAAAAUGUUCCUACAGAUAGUAAAAUGAUAAUGCGAGAAGCUCAAAAUCAGCCACCGCAUAAAACACUUAAAAUGAAUAAUUCUUGGAUUUCACUUAAAUAUAGAUCUGAAGAAAAAGAAAAUGUUCACACAGCAAGAAAAAUGAUAGUUCGACAGGCUCCACAUCCGCCACCAAUUAAAACACUUAAAAUACAAAAAUUGGAGACUUCAACUGCAGGAAAUUUUAAAAAAAAAGAACCUAUAGCAAGUCCAAUGAGAGUUUUACAAGUUCAAACUCCGCCACCGAUUAAAACACUUAAAAUAAACAAAUCCGAGACUUCACUUGCAUACCGAUCUGCAGAAAAAGGAAAUAGUUCCAAACGAAGAAAAAGUGUUACUAUUGAUCAACCACUAAUAAAAUUGGCGAAAGAAUCCGUAAAAAUUAAAACACCAAAAGUGAAAGCGUUAGAAAAAAAGAGGUCUCAACCUUCAACGGCAAACUUACAUCAUAAAUCUGCUCAAGCCUCACAAUCUCCAUCCAAACAAUCAACCGAAACAGUACCACUACCAAUGAUAAGAAUAACAGAUGAUGAGGGACAGGAAAGUAUUGAAGCUUCGUAUAAGAAACGCAAACAUAAAUCACCACCAAUAAAAUCCCCUGGAUUUUUAUUUCCACCAAAACCAUCAUAUCGGAAACGGAAAAAGAAAAAAAGAAAAAGACAUCACAAGUUAAAGGAGAAGAAAAAAAAGAGUUCUGAAACUGAGAAACACAAACACGAACAUAAAAAAAGAAAAAGACAACAUAAGUCAAAGGAGCAGAAAAAAAAGAGUUCUGAAACAGAAAAACAUAAACACGAACAUAAAAAAAGAAAAAGACAACAUAAGUUAAAGGAGCGGGAAAAAAAGAGAUCUGAAACCGAAAAACACAAACAUAAACAUAAAAAAAGAAAAAGACAACAUAAGUUAAAGGAGCGGGAAAAAAAGAGAUCUGAAACCGAAAAACACAAACAUAAACAUAAACAGCAACACGAAAAAAGAAAAAGUCAACAUAAGCUAAAAGAGCAGAAAAGAUCGAACUCUUCAGCUUUUAACAGGUAUAAAGAAAAAGAAAAUGUCCACACAAGUAGAGUGAUGGUUCCAAAGGCUACAAAGAUUAAAGAAACAACAGUAAAAAGGGCAGGGGAAAAAAAGCCACCACUAUCAACGGCAAACUUACAUCGUAAAAAACACCAUCAUAAAUCUGCUCAAGCAUCACAAUCACCAUCCAAACAAUCAACCGAAACAGUACCACUACCAAUGAUUAGAAUAACAGAUGAUGAGGGACAGGAAAGUAUUGAAGCUUCGUAUAAGAAACGCAAACAUAAAUCUCCACCAAUAAAAUCGCCUGGAUUUUUAUUUCCACCGAAACCAUCAUAUCGGAAACGCAAACGCAAACAUAAGAAAAGAAAAAGACAUCACAAGUUAAAGGAGCAGAAAAAAAAGAGUUCUGAAACUGAGAAACACAAACACGAACAUAAAAAAAGAAAAAGACAUCAUAAGUCAAAGGAGCGGGAAAAAAAUAGAUCUGAAACCGAAAAACACAAACAUAAACAUAAACAUCAUCACGAAAAAAGAAAAAGACAUCAUAAGUCAAAGGAGCAGAAAGAAAAGAGUUCUGAAACUGAGAAACACAAACCCGAACAUAAAAAAAGAAAAAGACAUCAUAAGUCAAAGGAGCGGGAAAAAAAUAGAUCUGAAACCGAAAAACACAAACAUAAACAUAAACACCAUCACGAAAAAAGAAAAAGACAUCAUAAGUCAAAGGAGCGGGAAAAAAAUAGAUCUGAAACCGAAAAACACAAACAUAAACAUAAAAAAGAAAAAAGAAAAAGACAUCAUAAGUCAAAGGAGCAGAAAAAAAAGAGUUCUGAAACAGAAAAACGCAAACACGAACAUAAAAAAAGAAAAAGACAACAUAAGUCAAAGGAGCAGAAAAAAAAGAGAUCUGAAACAGAAAAACACAAACAUAAAAAAAGAAAAAGACAACAUAAGCUGAAGGAGCAGGAAAAAAAGACAUCUGAAACCGAAUAA